AUGUCCGACGCGCCGCCAACCUAUCAUCAUCAUGAUCCUCCAUCCUCCAGGAGGAGGCAGCACCGCCACCUGCCCAGCCACCACCACCACCUGCAGCUCUAUCGAUCAGUUACGGGACUCCCUUGGCUCUGCCUGCUGCUCUUGAUCUCCUCGAUGUGCACUGCCGUUUCCGUGACCUCUGGCACCUCGGGUCACAAUCGACGUCGCUCUGGCUUGUCAGGAUCAUCAGGAGGUUCUGGUGCUGGUCUCACCUCGCUGGAGGACACUGGUGACAAGUCAGUGCCCGACCAGCUGGCUUUGGCGGCCAGUCGCAGGGGUUCAGAUGAGAGAAGCUAUCCCAGGCGAGGAUCGGUGAUACAUAGUAGAACGAAAGAGGGGCCUAGUAAAGAUUACAACUACGGCCAUGUGGAGCUCAACCUGGUGCGACCCGAGCAAGAAUCACACCCCAAACUCUUGCUAAGCACCACCACAGCGGCUUCGGGACAAGGUUCAGGUGCCUCUGUCCACCUGGAGGACUCUCAAUCGGCGGCUGAAUAUGUGGCCAAUGCCAUUAAGUUGGCCUACAAUCAGCCACCAGUGCAGAUCCAUCUCAAGGCAGCCAGCCAGGUGCCCAUAACCUCCUCCUCCUCCACACAAAGGAGCUACAUGGAUCAGAGGGAAAGGGAAAGAGAAAGGGAAAGAGAGCAGCAAUUGGAAUUGGAGGUACGAAAGGAGUUGCAGCAGCAGUCCUCCUCCUUGGGCUCCUCUUCCUUGGGCGCCUCCUCCUUGGGUUCCUCCUCCUUAAAUGGUUCUCCUCCUGCCUUGGCACCUGCUCCUGUCUACGAAAAAGAACCUGUGACCAGAAGCUACGACAUAUACGAGGGCUCCUCUUCCUCCUCAACCGAAGCAGAGCCUCUCCACCGAGGACACUUGCCCGUUCAGGAGGAGAUCGAACGACACUAUAGACCCAAAUACCAUAGCAGCGCCAGCUAUAACCAGUAUCCUUAUAGAAAUCUCGAAGCCGAGGCUGAGGAAAAGGUAAGGGUAUCCGCCUCCACGGAGAUACCCAAAUCCGAGAUAAUGAAACAGAUUGAAAAGUCUGUGAUCAAGUACAUGAAAGAGCUGGAGGCGGAGGGUAAAAUUCUAAGCACACCUCAAGAGCCAGUGACACCGGGGCCACCGCCACUGCCUCAGGCCUCCACCGUAACCAAAAGCUACUAUAAAACCCAAGUGGGGAGCUCAUCAUCCUUGGAGGAUAAGCGGUAUAGCAGCAGCACUAUGCGACCCAAGUAUACAGUGUCUGCAGUGCCACAGCAGCAGCAGCAGCAGCAGCAGGCCAAGCAGCAGCAGCAGAUCCAUCAUCAUCAGGUGUACCAAGGCAAGGUGAGAAGUUCCAGUCAGAAGCCAGCACUCCUCACCCAGCAACAGCACUUUCAAUCCGAGACAGAGACUGCCUACCAGGCACCCGAUCUUCCUGUAGAUGAGCUAUCACCCAAUGUGGAGUUUAUAUACAAGAUCAAGACGCGGGCUCCUCUACAAACGGCCACUGUAAAGACGGUAUCGAAGCCCUAUACCCUGCCCCUCAAGAGUGCCGAGCAUUUUGAUCAUGGCGCCGCCUUGAAAAACAUCGAAGAGUUUGAUCUAUCGCAUGUGGUGCCCACUCCCGAGAGGGUUGAACGUGAACGUGACUCCUCUCGAGAGGAUUUGGAGAGGGGCAAGUCUCCGCACAAGUUGUAUUUCAAUUCGGAGAUUUAUCAUGACAUCAACUCCUUGCCCUACAAGAGCAAAGAGGCAGCAGCAGCGGCGGCGGCUUUGCAUGAGUAUCAACGCCACAAGCUAAAGGCCACAUCAGGAGAGCAUCUGCAUCAGGAUUACAAGGGUUAUUCGGGUUAUUUUGCAGAACCGGAAGCCACAGAAAUGGAGAACGAGGAUAACUAUCAGCACCAGCAGCAGCAGCAUCAUCACCAUCAUCAUCAUGCUCAGCAGCAGCAGCCCUAUCAUCAUUAUCAUGUGGUGAAGAAGGAACCCCUGGAGGAGCACGAACACUCGCAUGACCAUGACUCUUGGCUGGACACCUCGGGCCUGCGUCUGGCCAAUGCCCAUGCCCUGGCCCAGGCCCAAGGUCAUCAUGGUCACAGCCAGCAGCACUCCAGUCACUCCCACAUCCAUGCCCAGCAUCCGGUGAAGCAUCAGAGUCUGGAUUACGAUAGCUACAGUCCCAAGUUCAAUAAUAAUCCCGAGGGUUAUGGCUACCAGCACACGUACAAGGGUGGUUCGAGGGGUGUGGGUCAGGGUCAGGGUCAGGGUGUGAGUGUGGGUGUGGCCUCCCCACCGGGCAAGCGGGGCAAGCGUGGCAAUGGUGCCCAUCCCCGGCAGGAGGCCAUCAAGAAGCAGCUUAGAGCCUCGGAAGUCAAGGAUCUGGAGGCCAGUCUGGCCCUGAGGCCGCCGCCCAAGUAG